AUGGGGUUUCGGACACGUGGCCGCAACCCACUGAUGAUGGACCUCAUCGACCAAUCAGAGGACAGCGACGAAGGCUACAGCUCCUCCUCCCCCACCAUCCCCGCCUCCUCUCUCCCCUCCGGCGGAACCCUGCGCCACGCCCCCCCUCCCCUCAUCGACCGCUCCGCCUACUCCCGCUCGCUCCGCGCAACCCCUGGCGCAGACGAAGGGGCAAGAUCCGGGCCCGUUCAGCUGGUGGCGGAACUUCCUUUCCGCGACGGCGCGGGCGGAAGACUGCGGGGGGGAGGGGCGGGGAAAGCGGGGCUCAGCCGCGGGGCUGGCGGUGGGGGGAGCCAUGGAGAUAGCAUACGCGGACCGGCUCGUUACAACUCGCUAGAUCCGACCGUUGCUACCGCGCUCGAUGAUUGGCCAGCUCAAUCCGCCGCAGAUUACGGAGCAGAUCCCGGCUCGGAUUACGACGCCGACUACGGCGGGGUCAGCGGCACGGAUUACCCGACUGAUUACAGCAGCAGCAGCAGCGGCGGCGGCGGGCGCCGCCGGCGCGGAGGUGCGGGAUCAAACGGCGGGAAACGCGGGGGAGAGGCGUGGAGCUGUCCGUACGAGGCGGGGGACUUGGUGGUGGUGCGGUGCAUGAAAGCGCGGUGGUGCUUCGGCGAGGUGCUGCGCGUGUCGGACGAGAGCGUGCGGUUGUGGGUAGACGCCGUGCGUAGCCGAGUCGACGUGCCUCUUGCGCUUGUCGCCUCCCAUAUCGCCCCGGACCUCGCCUCUAUCCCUCCCGAUGACCCCCUUGCUGCUACUUCUUCUGCUGCUGCUGCUGCUGCUGCGCCUCCUCCUGUCGGCUCUGCGCCUGCUGGUGGUGGCGCCGCGGAUUUUGCGUCCGGGGGAGGGUAUCCCGGCGCGGGCGGCGGCAGCAGCGCCGCGCCAGUUGCGCCCGGGUCGAGUCGUUUGAAGCCCUCCUCCGCCAGGUCGUCGCCCGCCCGUAGCGCCGUGUCGCACGCGCGCGCGGACAGCAGAGGGUCGUCGCCGGAAUCACGGGGUUCCGGAAGGGGGAGCGGGAGCGCGGGGGGAAGCGGAGGCGCGGGGAGCGUGUGCGGGGGAAGGGCGUCUCCGCUCGGGUCCGCGUCUUGUGGUUCGAGCCGCGGGGAUUCAGCGGCAGGGCGGCGCCACCCUCACUCAUUCCCCCUCCUGCACCGGCACCAACCCCGCCUUCCCUCCCUCCGCAUCUCCCAUACUCCCGCCAGAACCAGUGCGCUCGGGGGCUCUGUAAUUGCCAACACUAGUCCCUCCAGGGGCGUGAGCGGAAACGAGGAGGGGGAGGGGGAGGGGGAGGGGGAGCGGGAAGGGGAGGGGGCGGGCAGGGAGGGGUGCAGCACGUGCGAGCUGGCGAUCAGAGAGGCGCCGGUUAUCGCGUGGGAGUGCGGGCACCGCUCGCACUUCGCCUUGCCAAGGUCAGUCAGUCACGCCUUCCCUCCGCACUGCACUCACUGCACCACCACUGCCAGUUUUCCUCCCCGCUGCUCCCGCUGUUCCUGCCCGCUGCUCCCCCUCCCACCAUUCCCUGCUCUUCCUCCCACCAUUCCCUGCUCCCCCUCCCACCAUUCCCUGCUCCCCCUCCCACCAUUCCCUGCUCCCCCUCCCACCAUUCCCUGCUCCCCCUCCCACCAUUCCCUGCUCCCCCUCCCACCAUUCCCUGCUCCCCCUCCCACCAUUCCCUGCUCCCCCUCCCAUCAUUCCCAGUUCCACUAUUCUUUCGCCUGGAUUGAUACCAGUCCAUUCUCACCAUUGCCAUCAUACUUGUUGCCACCAAGACCUGCACCUCUCCUCCUCCAACCCCCCUCACUCACCCUUACCCUCCUCCCAUCCAUCUCCCCCUUUCCCCCCUUCUCUUACCGCCCCUCCUUCCUCCCCCCCUUCCUCCCCCCCUUGUGCUCUCCUUUCCCCCGCCCAUACACACACUUGUAUUGCGUGCACCGAGAGCAGAGCGGGCUGAAGCAGUAUGGGGAGGAGGCGGAGGAGGAGGUGUGGUUUGGGUGUGUGUGCGGCCAAACGUGCGCUCUGGAUAGCCUUCAAGAGGACCCACUCACUCGCAGCUUCUGCUGCCCCAACUGCCAGUUUGAUCCGUGGAAGGUCCUUCGAGGAGACCACUCCUCUCGCCUCGCCUCCCAGAACUCACUGCAACCCCACCACCCCCACCACCAUCGCCACCAGUCCCAGCCCCAAGCACCCCAGCAAGCACACCAAGACCGUUAUCGCCAUGAGCAGCAGAAGCAGCAGCAGCAGCAGCAGCGGCAGCAGGAGCAGGAGGAGGAGGAGGAGGAACGUGCGUGCCAGGAAGCCUUGUCCCAUUUCCUGCCCACCCACAGCCUGCCGUCUAACAGCCUACCCCCCCACAGCCUGCCAUCCCGCAAUCUGCAUAAGAUGCGAAGCAUGGGUCCCCUAGAUCCGGACCUGAACAGUUUCCGCCGAACCUCCAGACCAGGUUUGGGAGGUGGAGGCAGCGGGAUGAAUCUCGGGUCAUAUGUUGAGCGAUCUAGGUCGUUUGAUCCCGCGCCUUAUGAUUCUGCUGCUGGUGCUGCUGCUGCUGCUGCAUCUGCUGCUGCAACUGCUUCAGAUAUGUACAUGCGGGUUGCGACUUUGGAUCGAGGCACAAGGCCCCCCAGACAGUCGUCUUUAACUGCUGCUGCUGCUGGUGGUGGCGGUGGUGGUGCUGCUGCUGGCACAAGAGCAGGGUUCAUAGGAGGUGGAGGAGGAGGAGGAGGGGGGGAGGCCGGUGGGGUGCAAGGCAAGGUGAUGGGAGCAGGGGGUGCUGCAGCCCGGUCAGUGGCUGAGUCCCUGCCGCAAUUCGUUCGCACCGUCACACUGGACAGCGCGUCGCUCUCACGCGUGCGCUCCCGUGAUUUUGACCCACCGCUCUCCUUCCCCGCAUCCAGGCUUGUUGGCGGUGGUAAUGGCGGUAGUAGCAGUGCUGGUGCUGCUGGUGCUGCUGGCGGUGGUGCAACCACGAGUGGUGGUCACAUGGGCACAGCAGCCAUGCCUCCCCUCAGGAGGCUACUCUCUGACUCCCCAAGCCACACUCACUCCGGGCAGCCCUAUCGGCCCUACUCCCCUCCCACUGACUUCUACCCACCAUCCUCCUCUACAGGUUCGUUUUCUGCCCGAGGUGCUGACGUGGCAGGGUGGAGGCAGGAGGAUAGUGCGGACGGUGGGCUCAGGGCUAUGGGUGCUAUGGGUGGUACUGCAGCAGGUAUGGGCCGUGCACCUGUGCCGAGAAUGUUAUCAGCAGAGGCGACUUUAGUGGCCCGAUCUGGAGCCGGGAUGUCUUUAACUCGCACUAUGUCUGCGGAUUUAGGUCCUGGUGGCUCUGCUAGUUCCAGUGCUGCAAGGCAGCGCGCGGCUUUCAACUCCUCGUCUGCUUUGGGCAGCGGUGUGGGAAUGCCGAGUGCGGCCGGUGGUGGCGGUGUGUUUCAAGGCAGGCUCAGGCCAGGUGCUCUGUUGGAUUCACCUGAGGAUCUCCCCAGGGGAGGGCAACAGCCGUUGUUCCGCACUUCGUCUGAUUUUCAGCAGGGCCUGGGAUUCGGGGAGAGGGGCGAGAGGGGGCGAGGGGAGGGUGUGGCGCUUUAUGAUGUGGAUGGAGAAGGGGGGUAUGUGGACAGGACAGCUGCUACGCAUGGGUCUGCUGCUUGGGAAGGAGGAGCAGGAGGAGCAGGAGGAGGAGGUGGGUUUGCGGCGGGCGGUGGCAGCAGUGGGCACCUAGCAGCCAGUCGAAGCGGCAGUGAUGAGGGUCAGACUCAGAGCAGUGGGGGGUUUGCAUCAUCAGGCACGGGGGUGUGGGUGUCAGGAGGUGGAGUACCGUCGGUUUUCACAGACAGCUACACCGACGUUGCUGCCUCCUCCAACCUGCUCCCUCCUCUCCCUGCGGCACGGCAUCACGGCCAUCAGGGCCACCAGGGGCAACAGGGGCAGCAGCAGGGGCAGCAGCCGGUGCGGCGGCGUCACCACACACUUACCGAGGAGUUUUUGCUGGGAGGAGGAGGCGCAGCGGUGGGUUCCGGGUUCUUUGCUGGUGAUGAUUAUGAUGCGUAUGGAGGAGGAGCAGGUGGAGGGGGAGGAGGAGGGAUGGGAGGAGGCGACGGAGUGGGGAUGGGCGUGGGAGGAGGAGGAGGAGGAGGGGGGGUGCGUCGCAGUCCGUUGUUGAGCGGUGGUGGGUUGGGAGCGCGGAGAGGAGGGGUGCAGUCACCAGAGCAGAUGCGCGUGAGCAGGCACCGCGAGGGUGCUUCUGCUGCUGGGCCGUUCUCUGCAUCUCCUAGCCCUUCAGGAGGGAACACACCUGUCUCGGCCUCGCCCCUGGCUGGUCGAAGCCCCCUUGCAAGGACUUCAUCGGUGGACACUAUGUUGCUGCCUAAUCACGUGGAGAGGAGAGUGUUGGGUGGAGGGAUAGGGGGUGGAGUUGGGGCACGCGGUGUGGAUGGGAGUGAAUUGGUUCAUGGUGGUGGUGGUGGUGGUGGUGGUGGUGGUGGUGGUGGUGGUGGUGUUGCUGCUGUUAACAGGUUGGGGAUGCGAGCGCUUGGGGCUCCAAGGAGUGUGGGAAAUAUUCCGAUUUCUCCGGGAGGUUACUGA